GCAAAAGCCAAGAACCAGACCCACAAUCAAGAUCAAGAUCAAGAUCAAGAACAGGAGCAACACAGAGAGAGAGAGAGAGAGAGAGAGAGAGAGAGAGAUGGGAUUCACAAUGGGGCUGAACCUGGUUCUGCUGAUGGCCAUGGUGGCCACCAACAUCCUCUCCGUCUACCACCUCUCCACCACCGUCCAGUCCCCCAGGGCCCCCACCCCACAGCCCGUCCCCGACCACCUCCUCCACCAGCUCCGCACCAUACGCGCCACCAUCAACCACCUCACGCGCCUCCAGCCCCCCUCCCCGCCCUCCGCAGCCGCCAACCCCGCCCCCACCAUCCCCCCCGAUCUUCUCCUUCACUCCCAGCUCUCCCCCAUUGCCUCCGCCUGCCACAGCUACCCGGACCUCCUCCACCGGUUCAUGAACUACACCCCCUUCUCCCUCUGCCCCCACGACCCCGACCUUGCUGAAGCCCUUAUCCUCCGCGGCUGCCACCCCCUCCCCCGCCGCCGCUGCUUCUCCCGCACCCCGCCAAAGCCUGCUGCUGCCUCCGCCUCCUCUUUGCCGCAUGACCCCUUCCCCCUUUCCCUCCCGGACAGCAAUGUCAUCUGGGCCAAGUACUCCUGCAAGAGCUUCUCUUGCCUCAAUCACUACAACCCCAACUUGGGGUUUGACACCUCCCAUGAAUCCUCAAAGUUCACCACCUACAAGUCUGAGCUGGAUCUCCCUGUUUCGCAGUUGCUUCAGAUUGCUAAGUCUGCUGGUUCUGUCCUUAGGCUUGGGAUCGACAUCGGUGGCGGCACGGGCACUUUUGCCGCCACCAUGAAGAUGCACAAUGUGACUGUUGUCACGACUACUAUGAACCUUGGCGCGCCUUACAAUGAGGCAGCCGCGCUUCGUGGGCUUGUGCCCUUGCACGUGCCACUGCAGCAGCGGCUGCCGGUGUUCGACGGGGCGGUGGAUCUGGUCCGGUGUGGUCACGCGGUGAACCGGUGGAUACCGGAGACAGUGCUCGAGUUCAUGCUGUUUGAUAUCGAUCGGGUUUUGAGGGGCGGUGGGUACUUGUGGUUGGAUCACUUCUUCAGCAAAGGGGUGAGCAUAGAGAAUGUCUACAAGCCCUUGAUCGGGAAGCUUGGGUAUAAGAAGGUGAAGUGGGCGAUGGGGAAUAAGACGGACUCAAGCGGGCUGAAGAAUGGGGAGGUUUAUUUGACUGCCUUGUUGCAGAAGCCUGUUACCAAAUGAAGACUACAAGUCAUGGAAACACAUAGGAACCGCAUUGAGAUUAUGAAAGUUCUGGUGGAAAAACAAGAAAAUCUCACCAAAGAUUUAGACUCGGUCGAAGAUUGACUCCUCCCCCGCCUGGUGUAAUGAAGAUUUAUUCCUUUCUAUUACUUAGAAAUAAGGAUUCAGGGCAACUGCACAGGAACAAGAUGGGAACUUGUAAAGGGGUGUCGAAGGCAUUGUAAGUUCUAGGGACGGCAUGAACAAGGUAGAUCGCCGUUGUUUCUUUCAUGUUUUUUUUUUUUUUUGCUGUAACAAUUAUUCUACAAUAAUUAUGGAAAAAGAAAUUAUUUGACCUGUCCUUGUA